GGCUGCGUACACGUGGCUGAAACCAGUGCAGUGUGUCAUGGACUCUGUGGAGAGAGUGGUCAACUCGCGGGUGCCCGCGCUGCCCGCGGCCGACGACGACUCGGCGGCGGCCGCCGACGCCGAGGUCAGGGCCGCCGCUCGCCGCGUGACCUCGCUGACGCGCGGCGCCGCCAUGCCGACGGCCAACGACUGCCGCGUCUUCCUCUCCAGGGCCAACGCCAACCCUGGCGACUUCAGUUUGGCGCCCAAGCGGCCCGUCCUCUCCGGAUUCCUCGGUGGCGGGCCCAAAAACAAGCACCUUAGUGGACAGUUCUGCCUCGGCGGAGACACCAUGGAGGGCAUCAUUCAGUGUCUCGUCUUCCUCAAGGCCUUCUCGCUGGUUGGAGGGGAAUUCGACAUGGAACUCAACUUUGUGAUCCAGGACGCGCAAAACAUCCGUCACAUGCUGGAACUUCUGGACCACUGCCCGCCCAGUUUGCAGGCGGAGAUAUGGAGCGUGUUCAUCGCCAUCCUGCGCAAGAGCGUCCGCAACCUGCAGGCGUGCACAGAUGUCGGGCUAAUCGAGCACGUGCUGAUCCGGCUGUGUCGUGCCGAAACCGUGGUCGCAGAUCUGCUGAUCGAAAUGCUCGGCGUUUUGGCCAGCUACAGCAUCACCGUGAAAGAGCUCAAACUGCUGUUUGGCGCCAUGAAGGCUGUGAACGGCAAAUGGCCACGACAUUCCGCCAAGCUGCUCAACGUGCUGCGCCAGAUGCCGCACCGAACGGGGCCCGACGUGUUUUUCAGUUUCCCUGGCCGCAAAGGAUCGGCGGUCGUCCUUCCCCCUCUAGCGCGGUGGCCUUAUGAGAACGGUUUCACCUUUACCACUUGGUUCAGACUCGAUCCAAUCAACUCGGUCAACAUCGAGAGGGAGAAACCAUACCUCUACUGCUUUAAAAACAGCAAAGGCGUCGGAUACUCGGCUCACUUUGUAGGCAACUGUUUAGUGCUCACCUCGAUGAAAGUAAAGGGCAAGGGCUUCCAGCACUGCGUCAAGUACGAGUUCCAACCCAGGAAGUGGUACAUGAUCGCCGUCGUGUACAUUUACAACCGGUGGACAAAGAGCGAAAUCAAGUGUUUCGUGAAUGGCCAGUUGGCGUCGAGCACUGAAAUGGCCUGGUUCGUGUCCACUAACGAGCCGUUCGACAAGUGCUACAUCGGGGCCACGCCAGAACUGGACGAGGAGCGCGUGUUUUGCGGCCAAAUGUCGGCCAUCUACCUGUUUGGGGAGGCUCUGACCACACACCAGGUGUGCGCUAUGCACCGACUUGGACCCGGCUAUAAAAGUCAGUUCAGGUUUGACAAUGAGUGCUAUUUAAACCUCCCAGACAAUCACAAAAGGGUGAGUUUGGACGAUGAGAGUUCAGUAGAUAGUCCUGCAAGCAUGACUCCUGAGUUCAACCUUUUCACUGUUCUGUACGACGGCAAGCUAUCAAGCGCAAUCGUUUUCAUGUACAACCCCGUGGCGACAGACAGUCAGCUAUGCCUGCAGUCGGCGCCAAAGGGCAACCAGGCUUAUUUUGUUCACACACCGCACGCCCUCAUGCUGCAGGAUGUCAAGGCGGUCGUCACACAUUCCAUUCACAGCACCCUCAACUCUAUAGGCGGCAUUCAAGUAUUAUUUCCGCUCUUCUCGCAGCUUGAUUUGCCUUACGACGGCGGGCCCAACGCUGCUGAAUGCAAGAAAGACCCUAAUUUGUGUGCAAAACUCCUCGGCUUCAUAUGUCACUUGGUGGAGACGUCUCAGACCGUCCAGCAGCACAUGAUCCAGAACCGCGGCUUUCUUGUGAUCAGUUUCAUGCUUCAGAAAGCCUCUCGGGAGCAUCUGACCAACGAGGUGCUGAGCUCGUUCCUUGCGCUGACCAAGCACUUGGUCACCUGCCUCUCGGGGCACAGUGAGUUGCUGCUCAAACAGUUGUUUUGCUUCUCGUUCCUCACCUGGCAGCUGCUGGACCACGUGCUCUUCAACCCUGCCCUUUGGAUCUACACACCGGUGCCUGUGCAGACGCGACUCUACUCGUACUUGGCCACCGAGUUUCUCGCUGACACGCAGAUCUACUCCAAUGUGCGCCGCGUCUCAACCGUCCUGCAAACCAUGCACACCUUAAAGUACUACUACUGGGUCGUCAACCCCAGGGCCAAGAGCGGAAUCACCCCCAAAGGUCUCGAUGGUCCUCGACCACAGCAGAAAGACAUUCUGGCCAUUCGAGCCUACAUCCUUCUGUUUCUGAAGCAGCUCAUUAUGAUUGGCAAUGGAGUCAAAGAUGAUGAACUCCAGAGCAUAUUGAACUACCUUACAACCAUGCAUGAGGAUGAAAAUUUGCAUGACGUUUUGCAAAUGUUGAUUUCUCUAAUGUCGGAACACCCCUCUUCAAUGGUCCCUGCCUUUGACGUCAAGCAGGGGGUGCGCACAGUCUUUAAACUCCUCGCCUCUGAAAGCCAGUUGAUUCGCCUCCAGUCCCUCAAACUGCUUGGAUUCUUCCUAAGCAGAAGCACACACAAGAGAAAAUAUGAUGUCAUGAGUCCACACAAUUUGUACACUUUGCUAGCUGAAAGACUGUUACUUAAUGAAGAGACUUUAACAUUACCAACCUACAAUGUACUUUACGAAAUACUGACCGAGCACAUUAGCCAGCAAAUUCUUUACACACGCCAUCCAGAGCCAGAAUCGCACUACAGGCUUGAAAAUCCAAUGAUCCUCAAAGUGGUUGCUACUUUAAUUCGCCAGUCAAAACAAACAGACAACUUGCAGGAUGUGAAAAAACUAUUUCUAUCAGACAUGACCCUACUCUGCAAUAAUAACAGAGAGAACCGAAGGACUGUUCUGCAAAUGUCUGUCUGGCAGGAAUGGUUGAUUGCCAUGGCUUACAUUCACCCAAAGAACACCGAGGAGCAAAAAGUUUCGGACAUGGUCUAUUCGCUGUUCCGAAUGUUGCUGCACCACGCCAUCAAACACGAGUACGGCGGUUGGAGAGUGUGGGUUGAUACACUUGCCAUUGUGCACUCCAAGGUGUCCUAUGAGGAGUUCAAGCUGCAGUUUGCACAAAUGUACGAACAUUACGAGAGGCAGAGGUCGGACAACAUCACUGACCCGGCGGUGCGCCAAAUGCGUCCCAUAAGCACAAUUUCAGGCUGGGAGCAGCAGGCAGUGAAUGGGUAUCAGAGCUCACCGUCACUGCCUGACGAAUCGUUGCCUGCAAUCGAAACUGAUAACGAGUCGCCCAAGGAGAGGGAGAGCACCUCACAGGAGUGCCACUGCGACCUUGGUGAAAAUACUGUAGACCUUGCGACGUACCAGCAGGCCAUGAAAAUUCUGGAGGACAAGCAAAAUAAUGUUGCCUCCUUGGACACAAGUAGUCCGAGCGAGUUUGUCAAAUCGGAUGUUAUUGAAUCUGCAGGAGAGACGCUUAUCGAGGAGGCACCAAUUGAAGAGGCGCCGAAGGAGGCUGAGACUCUUGGAGGCGGCACAAGCACCGAGUCCUUGAAUGGAAGUGGAGAGAAGUCAAGGGAGGAGGUGGAAGAUUGUGUCUCUUCUGUGUCCAAAUCUCCUGCAAGUAGCCAGAGCCCUUCAAAGGAGCCGUCCUCUCCUGUGAAAGAUGAUGCGGAAGAAAAGGUGGAGGAAAUCAAAGAAGUCGCUGAGGUUAUUGAUUCAAUUGCAGAGAGUGGAAAAGAACAAUGUGAAAAGGGGGAAGAGGAGGCUCCACUGGAAACUGUGGAAGAGUCAAUUGCAGAGACAGCAGAAAAGUCAGUUGAAGAAGAGAUCGUUUCAAAAGAAGAAACAGAAGUCAUUGAGAGUAAAGAAAAAGAAGCAGCUAUCGAAGAAAUUUUAGAAAAAGAAGAAAUUGAAGAGGUAAACAAAAAAGCAGAUGCUCCAGCUUCACCAAAGGUCAAUGAAAAAGAGGAAAAAUUAGAUGAAAUUUCUGAAGUUGUUGGCGAAACUAAGCAAGAAAUUCCAGCUGAAAGUAAGGAGAGUGAAGUGGUUGAGGAGAAAGAGGAACCUGAGCCGAAAGAGCCAGAGGAGGAGGUUGAUGAAAGUAAAGAAAGCACAGAGCCACCUGCAGUAGAAGUGGAAGUGGAGACGCCGAAGGAAUCGCCUACACCGUUGCCUGAGUUGAACCAAGUGCCAAACCCUGAUGAUGCCAUCAGCUGUGAUACAUGUAAUAACCAAGAUGCAGUGGUGCCCAGUCUACCCUCUCCAAAUAGUGAUCUUGUAUUGCCACCAAAAUCAGUAGUUCUGCAGAAGGAGCAAGAAACAGAAGAGAAUCAAAAUGAAGAAAUACCUGAACAGGAACAGGUCUCUGUUCUGAAUGUAGAAGAGCCUGAAAAGGAAGCUUCGGCCAAGCGGUCGCCCCAGAAGCGCCCACACAGUUCGUCGACUGCAACCCAAGUUGAUCCUGUCCAUUUUGAUUCAAAGCGCUCAAAGUCAGCGUCCUCUGGCACAAGCAAAGGGCAAGGUGGCCGAACCAUGUUUAGUCCUGGGCCAACUCGACCCCCAUUCCGCAUUCCCGAAUUCAAAUGGUCGUACAUCCAUCAGCGACUGUUGUCUGAUGUUCUCUUUUCACUUGAGACUGACAUCCAAGUUUGGAGGAGCCACUCAACCAAAUCGGUGCUAGAUUUUGUCAACAGUGGCGAAAAUGCAAUAUUUGUGGUCAACACGGUCCAUUUGAUUUCCCAGCUUGCUGACAAUCUCAUUAUCGCCUGUGGUGGACUGCUGCCUCUCCUGGCUUCAGCAACAUCACCUAAUAGCGAGCUUGAUGUUAUUGAACCGACACAAGGAAUGCCUGUCGAAGUCGCUGUUUCUUUUCUGCAGAGGCUUGUGAACAUGGCUGAUGUACUCAUUUUUGCCAGUUCAUUGAACUUUGGCGAGCUGGAGGCAGAGAAAAAUAUGUCUAGCGGUGGCAUUCUUCGACAAUGUCUCAGACUGGUUUGUACCUGCGCUGUUAGAAAUUGUCUCGAGUGCAAAGAGCGCAGUCGACCAACAAUGCAGAACGCCUCUUCAUCGGUACUGCCAGCCGGAAGCAAAACGGCCCACUUGCACUCUCUUGUCCGUGGCCAAAAUUCACCAAAGAUUUCUGCCUUCAAGAGCAUGGCUGAGAGUAUGAAUUCGGUGGGUAGUCCUGUGAAAGACCCAGAAAAGUUGCUGCAGGAUAUGGACGUCAACAGACUGAGGGCCGUCAUAUACAGAGACGUGGAGGAGACAAAGCAGGCGCAAUUCUUGUCACUGGCAAUUGUGUACUUCAUUUCGGUGCUCAUGGUUUCCAAGUACAGAGACAUCUUGGAGCCUCCGACAACUCCACCUACACCCAGUCCAGCGCCGCUUCGCAGCAACGGCACCAGUUCUCACCACCUGCACUCGCAUUCAUCUCCAGAAUGCGGCGGGCGAUCGGGACGUCCCCUUUUCCCUCAGUGGUCCCACCACGUCCACCCUCAGUUCUUGCCCCCUCACCCUCACCAACCGCCUCCUUCCCGUUCCCAUCCUCGGCAAUACCUGCGAAAUCAUACCAAACUGCCCCCACACGUGAGGCACACUUACCGAAACAACAAUCGCGCGACAGGAGCAAUCCAUGGAGAGGACUGUGCCGAGGACAGCGAAUACGAAGUCAUUGUUGUUGACGAAAACAACUCCUCAGUCCUUGAUCAUGACUCGUCAGUGGCUUCUUCGAUCAAGGCUAGAGGGCGUUCGGGAUCUGCUCACAUUGCUCCCAUUGCUCACACUUAUGAUGUAGACUUGGCAGAAAGCGUGCGAUAUGCUCCAAUGAGACCUCGUGCUUUAUCUCAGCCGUUCGAGAGUGUGGAUACAACUGAGGAGACAAACUGCAACAUUCCCGAGCAAAGUCCCACCGAGUUGACCGCGCCUCCGCAGCAGCUGAAUGCGGAGCUCAUUGGUCAGGUGGACGAGAGCUGGACAGACGUCAACCUGAACGAGGAUGGUGACACCCUGAACAGAGAGGACCACCACAACAUGCACAACUUCUCACACUCCAACAGCAGUGAGUUGGUCGAGCAGCCUUGCGAGAGGGGUGACAAGUUGACAGCCGAAAUUUCGGUCGUCCGGGUGGUGCCUCACAACCCUGACGCCUCCAUGCUGCCCUCGACGGCGCGCCCUGAAGAGUUGCCCAUCAAGACUCUGGUCAACACUGACAACCUGCCAGUGCCCACACCCUCAAGGGAGGCGAGUCUCACCCAGAAACUGGAGACUGCGCUCAGCUCUGUGUGUCCUCUGCUGAGGGAAAUCAUGGUCGACUUCGCGCCAUUCCUCUCCAAAACUCUGGUCGGCUCGCACGGCCAGGAACUUUUGAUGGAGGGAAAAGGGUUGACAACCUUUAAGAACAGCAACUCCGUGGUAGAGCUGGUUAUGCUGCUGUGCUCGCAAGAGUGGCAAAACUCUUUGCAGAAACACGCCGGCUUGGCGUUCAUCGAGCUUAUCAACGAAGGCCGACUUCUUUCACACGCCAUGAAGGACCACAUUGUUAGGGUCGCCAAUGAGGCAGAGUUCAUUCUAAACAGAAUGAGGGCUGACGAUGUGUUGAAGCAUGCUGAUUUUGAGUCUCAGUGCGCCCAGACGUUGGUGGACAGGCGCGAGGAAGAGAAAAUGUGUGAUCACCUGAUCACCGCUGCCCGGCGCAGGGACAAUGUGAUUGCCAGCCGACUGCUUGAAAAGGUGGUCAACAUUUUGUCCAACAAGCACGGAGCGUGGGGUUUCAUGGACCCCAAGCAGGCCAGGCAGAGUGAGUACUGGAAGUUGGACGUUUGGGAGGACGACGCCAGGCGCAGGAAGCGGUUGGUGCACAACCCAUUAGGCUCGAGUCACCCCGAGGCCACAUUGAAAGCUGCCCUCGAACACGGCGCCCCCGAGGAUGCGAUCCUGCAGGCCAGGGAAGAAUUUCACGCUCACCUGGCCAUCUCUAGAUCGCAGCAGCAAACUCUCACAUCAUCAGACUUGCUUGAUGACUCCGAACUGGCAGCUGAUGACCGAGACUUAGAUUGUGAUCUCACUGGUCCGAUCAACAUAAGCACAAAAGCAAAACUGGUUGCUCCGGGCAUAGUUUCCUCUGGCAUGGUGUCGAUAACCAGCACCGAGCUUUACUUCGAGGUAGACGAGGACGACCCUGAGUUCAAGAAGUUGGAUGCUGAGGUGCUCAAGUACUGCGAUCACCUCCAUGGCAAGUGGUAUUUCUCCGAAGUGCGGGCCAUCUUUGCCAGGCGCUACCUCCUGCAGAACACGGCCAUCGAGAUCUUCCUCGCGAGCAGAACGUCGAUCAUGUUUGCCUUCUCUGACCAAACCACUGUGAAAAAGGUGAUCAAGGCGUUGCCCAGAGUCGGCGUUGGAAUCAAAUAUGGCAUUCCGCAGACCAGGCGUGCAUCUAUGAUGUCCCCUCGGCAACUGAUGCGAUCCUCCAACAUGACACAGAAAUGGCAGCGGCGGGAAAUCUCCAAUUUUGAGUACCUCAUGUUCCUCAACACCAUUGCCGGUCGCACCUACAACGACCUGAACCAGUACCCCGUUUUUCCCUGGGUGCUCACCAACUACGAGUCGGCUGAACUCGACCUCAGCCUGCCUUCCAACUACAGAGACCUGUCCAAGCCGAUCGGCGCCCUAAAUCCCAGCCGCAGAGCCUACUUUGAAGAGCGCUACGCCAGUUGGGAGCACGACAGUAUUCCUCCGUUCCAUUACGGAACUCAUUACUCGACAGCUGCCUUUGUUCUAAAUUGGCUCAUCCGAGUGGAGCCGCUGACGACCAUGUUCCUGGCGCUGCAGGGUGGAAAGUUUGACUAUCCAAACCGAAUUUUCCAUUCGAUAAGCCAGUCGUGGAAAAACUGCCAAAGGGAUACUUCAGACGUCAAAGAGCUCAUACCUGAAUUCUUUUUCCUGCCGGAGAUGCUGACCAACUCCAACAACUUCAAGCUCGGUCAACACGAGGAUGGCUCAUCAGUCAGCGACGUCCAACUGCCACCCUGGGCAAACUCACCUGAGGAAUUCAUCAGGAUCAACAGAAUGGCCCUUGAGUCGGAGUUUGUGUCCUGCCAACUUCACCAGUGGAUCGAUUUGAUCUUCGGCUACAAACAACGAGGGCCUGAAGCUUUGAGAGCCACAAAUGUCUUUUACUACCUGACUUACGAAGGCAGCGUUGACUUGGAGUCCAUCUCUGAUCCCGUGAUGAAGGAGGCGAUUGAGAACCAGAUUCGCAAUUUUGGCCAAACGCCUUCUCAACUUUUGAUGGAGCCGCAUCCUCCUCGCAGUUCUGCAAUGCACUUGUCUCCAAUGAUGUUCUCCAGCAUCCCAGACGACGUUUGCAUGAGUAUGAAAUUUCUCUCAAAUUCGCCGAUCUGCCACAUCUCAGCCAACACGUAUCCGCAACUGCCACUGCCCUCAGUUGUCACUGUGACCGCCAACCAACACUUUGCCGUCAACCGCUGGAAUCCAAGUUACGCAGCCUCUGUCCAGUCGCCCAGUUAUGCUGAAACGCCUCAGGUCACAGCCACCAACUUGCCGCUUUCCAUGGACCCUGUCCUUUCACAAUCUACGAAUAGCUCAAGUCCUGCCCUAAAACGCCACCUUGGUGACAACUUUAGCCAGAAAAUUCGAAUCAGGUCAAACUGUUUUGUAACCACAGUCGACAGCCGAUUUUUGGUUGCUUGUGGAUUCUGGGACAACAGUUUUAGAGUUUUCUCAACAGAAACAGCCAAAAUCGUGCAAAUUAUCUACGGUCACUACGGAGUGGUGACCUGCCUGAGCCGAUCCGAGUGCAACAUCACAUCAGACUGCUACAUUGCGUCUGGUUCGGCUGAUUGCACUGUUCUUUUGUGGCACUGGAACGCACGGACUCAGACCAUAGUUGGAGAAGGAGAAAUUCCCACCCCCAGGGCCACCUUGACCGGCCACGAGCAACCAGUGCUCAGCGUCGUCAUCUCUGCUGAACUGGGCUUGGUUGUCUCUGGGUCAAAGAGUGGCCCUGUUCUGGUGCACACCACUUUUGGUGACCUGCUAAGAUCACUGGAGCCCGGGGUGGGCGCGAACUCACCUGAGAACAUUGCCAUGUCUCGAGAGGGUCUGAUUGUGGUCAACUACGAAAAAGGUCAUGUGGCUGCCUUCACUGUCAACGGCAAACGACUUCGACAAGAAGCUCACAAUGACAACAUUCAGUGCUUACUUUUAAGUCGAGACGGAGAAUAUUUGAUGACUGGCGGCGAUAAGGGCAUCGUUGAAGUUUGGCGAACCUUCAACCUGGCCCUUUUGUACGCUUUCCCUGCCUGUGACAGCAGUGUCCGCUCACUGGCACUAUCCCACGACCAAAAGUUUUUGCUGGCGGGAUUGGCAACUGGCUCAAUUGUGGUGUUUCACAUUGACUUCAACCGUUGGCACCACGAGUUUCAGCAAAGGUACUGAGUCACUCUGUUAGAGCUCAACACACUGGUGGAGUGUUUUCCUUCUCUUCGUUUCCCUAGCAGCAAUGGAAUAAAUUAUUGAAAAUCGAGAACUCGUUAAAAAAAACAGCAAAAAUUAUGAAUACCAAUUUGUAAAAUCAGCAGACACCUCGAACUUCCAUAAAAGUGUGUGAAUAGUAGUGUGUACUUAAUGAGGCGUGCAGAAUACGUAUAAUAAAUAAUUGUACAUUCCAAAAUCAUAAAAAAGAAACAGCAAAAAACAAUUUUGUAUUGUGAGACAAAAGAAAAAAGUGAAAUGAGCAACUAAUUGUAAGCAAAAGAGAGUAUUUUGUACCAAUUUUAAUAUAACUACCUAAUUUUUGUAAGCAUUCCAAUUCUGUGAUUUUGCUUGAUACGAAAAAUUGUCUUUGCCAUAUGUACUCUUCAAUUUGCAAAAAAAAAUCACACACUGUAAUGACAUGCAUCAUGGAUUUUUAAAAUUUUUGACAACUGCCUUUGAUGAUCAUUAAUGCAGAAUUUUUCUCUCCUCCUCCUAAAGACACACUUCGUGAAAUUUUUUUGCUUGGCUCCUAGUCUGACCAAAACGGUUAAAAAAUGUAAAAAAAAAAUAUUAAGAUCAGAUAAAUUUUUGCAACAGUGCGCAUAAGUUUUAGAAUUUAUGAAACAGUUCAAGUAAACACCACGCUGUAAAUAUAAUAAUUGUUGAAACAAAA